AGGGCGAACCUCUUCGAGCGUAAGUAACGACUGGGUACGAGUCUGGAAACAUGAUCAGUCAUUUUGACCUGCUCUCCAAGGAGAUCAUGGCAUUUCUGUAGACUUUCGUCCACACUGUGUUAGGACAACGCUUUCCAUAGCUUACAACACUUCAAGUCACAAUGCUAACAUUAUUCGCAUUGUUUGCCUCUAUUCUUGUGGGGUUGAUAUCAAACGGUGAAACACUCAAGUGCCACUAUACAUGCGCGAACAAAGAAUUCUGCCGCGACCAAAAUAAGACAACGUGUGAGGGUAGUUUCGACGACAUGCCACCUUAUGAACGAUGUUAUACAUACAGAGAGACUUCCAAUGUGAAUGGUAAGAAAGUCGUCGUAAAGGAACACCGUGAUUGCACAUAUCAAUAUAUUUGUAAUAAAGAAUUUGCCUGUCGACGGCACUCUUCUAAGAACACUACAUGUGAGGUAGCGUGCUGUGAAGGCGAUCUUUGUAACAGUGCCAACAAUUUUGUGCCAUUAUCAGAAUCUAAAACCUACAAGCCAUCUGGUGCUGAYCUUUCUUGCUUCUCCUGUUCUGACUUACCUGUUAAGAAUGGCUCAGUGUUUUUUGCACCAAACUCGUGCUCACGACCGGUUUUCAUCAAAAAAUGCAGUCCACAYGUGCCGCGCUACCUAAAAACAAGCAAACAGGAUCGCUGUCUAACAGUGAAGGUACAAGUCAAAGAAAAAACUGGUGAAAUAAAAGAUAUGUUCUACCGUAACUGCAGYGACGCAGUAUAUUGCGSCUACAGCAAUGCAKUGUGGGCUUAUGYRUUAAACSWAUCAAUAGSCACAGUGGUUAGUGCCCAGGCCUCGUGCUGUUCUGGAAAUGCUUGUGAACCUGGAACGAGUACUGCGUUACUAUGGAAACCCUGCUUGAUUCAUCUCUUUGUUGUAGUGCUUACAACAAGACUGAUCUGGAGCCAUUUGUAACUUCKUUUUGCACUUCUUAAGUCUUUAUAUUGUGAGUUUUUUGAGCUAAUGUAAAGUGAAUAAAAUUUGUUUUAUAAGUGGAUUAAUGUGCAAUAUUUGUUGCUGUCGUGGAAGAUGUUAAUAAUAGAAUACCAAACACAUGAAAAAGGAUUGAAGCGAAAGAAAAUGAAUAGAAGAAUAAUUGCUGCCAACAAAAGCAUAAAAUCACAGGGAAAUCACAAUAAUUCUCGUUGUUAUUUGUAUUUUAAUAGAGAAAUUUCAAAGACGAAGGUAAAAAGGUUGCCCUUUUGACUGAAGUGAACUGUACAAAGGAMGUUUAAAAGAAAAUCAAUCGUACGAAUUUUAAAAUGUUCGGGCUCCCUCUCUCUACGUAUURUUCCUAAUUAUGGGUGACCUGAAUUUCUAUUAUCAAUUUCAUUUUGCUCCCCCCUUCCCCCAAGGUCCCAAGCCCCUCCCAGUGACACUGUUACGUAUUUACGUGGUACAUAGAGUAAAGACAGUAAACACACUGUAACUACGACGAUUCAUUCAACUCGGAACACUUUUAAACUCCCCGCGACAAUGAUCAAAUUCCUCGUUUUAGCUGCCUGUAUUCUUGCGCUGAUGAUAAUGCAUGGCCAAGCCCUGAAGUGCUAUCGUUGUAUCGGGUCGUGUCAGAUAAAAAAUAAGUGUCAAGUUCCUGAAGCAGCACUASGAAGGGGACAGCCGCCGUUCGACCGAUGCAUACUCACCAGAGUGACUUCAAAGACUGGCGAAAAAACAGAGGUUCGCGAAUGCGGUUAUGCGUAUCAAUGCAACAAAGCAUCUCUAUGUCGAAWUGCUGACAAGGACUCGAAAUGCGAGGCAGGGUGUUGUAAGGGUGAUUAUUGUAAUGGCGACAGCUUUGUUCCAUCCCUACCAGACCAUAAGAACUUGAAGCCUUCUGGUUCUGAUCUUUCUUGCUAUUCAUGUUCUGAUGCACCCACCUCGAUGUUCAAUGAGAAAAUAUCCUGCUCAAACUCAUCGAAACACUAUGCAAAGUGCAGCUCACGCUCCUCGUCCCAAUCAAAAGAGAUUAAACAGGAUCGCUGUCUAACACUCAAGCUAAAAGUAAUGAACCAAACUGGCAGCAUCAAAGAUAUUCUGAUACAAAGCUGCAGCGAUGUGUUGCUAUGCGGUUUCAGCGAUGCAUUGUGGAAGUAUAACAUGAAAAAAUCAGUGGGUACAGUGGUUAGUGCCCAUGCCUCUUGCUGCUCUGGAAAUCUUUGCGAGACCAUUAGUGCGUCAACACCGAAAACCUGUUUGGCCAGUUUGCUAUUAGCUGUAGUCAUGGUGACACUCUUCAUUUUGAUUGCUUGAAUCAGUAUCUUCGUCGUAGACAAUUGGAAAGUGUAGAAUUGUACUUAAGCUUAGAUCGAAAAUUUUCACUUAAAACCAUUGUCAAUAGAGGGUUUGUCUUUAGGUUCUAUCCUUGCUUAUUGCUAUUAUUGCWCGGAUCAAUACCAUUCAAGAACAAUCCAAUUCCAA